AUGAUGGCUUCGCAAACGUCCAUCCAGCGCUCCCUCAUUUCCACGAAUUGUCGGUCACUGGAGGAACGGGAGAAAAAUAGCCGCAUCUCCGAGCAGGCCGGCCAGGAGUUGACCAGCAACUUGUCGACGAUAUUCGUCAUUGUCUACCUUCAGGAAGCCGCCUGGAUUUGCGCGCCCUUGAUCAUCAGCAUUAAUGUGUUGCUGCACGCGUUCUUGCGGAAUAUUGGUGAGGAAAAGCGUCUCUUCAGCUGUGCGUUUGGGUUUUUUGCCGCCACAGCACUGGCCAGUCUGAUCGGGCUUUGGCUUGUUCAUCGCCGAGCGUUACCUCGACUUCAGCAAUUCUACCUUCUCCCUUACUUCAUCACAAAACUAAUCCGGAUGACAGUUCUUCUCGUAGUCUCCGUCUUCAUCUGCGUCGACACUGACCGCCGAAAACAGUACUUCUACAUCUCCUUGUACGCCGGGUUCGAGUGCCUUGCAGGCAUCGUCGUCCUCGAGAUCGUCUACCGCAGCUGGAAAUACCUGCGAAAGGCCAAGAAUCGUAAAGAACAAAAGGAUGGCGAGGUGCUGUGGCGGGAGCCGUUGACGUCCAUCCGCAGCUCCCAAUCGAUACCG